CUUAUUUUGAUUUGCGAAAACGUUACCAGUAAAUACUUUGCAAAAUUAUACCUUUUUCCCUGAAAAUCUUAUUUGAUAAUGAUGUAGUUAACUAACCCAUUGCCGGACUAGAGGCACUUGAAAGUGACCAACUGAAGGGCCGGACUAGUCCUCGAUUCCAUAAUUAGGAUGACGUGAUCGUGGCGAGAAGCAAUCGUAAUGGGCGAAACAAAGGACCUUAAAUUAGAAACAUGGAUGAGAGAUCUGCCAGAACAGCUAAAGGAUAUGCCAUUUAUAUACCUUGCUAUACCAGGGAGUCAUGACUCCAUGACCUACGGCAUCACUCGGUCAAGUGGGCUAGCCCCCGAUGCCGAGCCCAUCCUCCACAGACUGUACCCUCUGUUCCGAGGUACGAUCAUGCGCUGGACCAUUACGCAGAGCCUAGAUACGUGGCAGCAACUUCUCAUUGGCAUUAGGUACCUUGACUUAAGAUUAGCCACCAAGCCUGGCACUGAAGAAUUCUUCUUUACUCACGGACUUUACGCCGAGGAGAUAACUGGUGCUUUGAGACAAGUCAAAGACUUUGUUGACACACACCCUGAGGAGGUAGUAAUUCUCGAUCUCCAGCAUUUCUACGGCUUCACCCCAACAGACCACCAGCGGCUGAUGCGUCUCCUGAUCAACAUGUACGGCCCCAAACUGGUCCCUAGACAUCUGGAUCUGCGCAGUGUCACUCUUAACUCGCUCAACAGAUUGAACCAGCAGGUAAUAGUGGUAUACCGCAACGAAUCAGUAUACACAAUGACCGAAUUCUGGCAACCGCAGAUGCUUCCAUCACCAUGGCCGCAGCAGGACAAGGUCUCAGGCCUGCUGCGGUUCCUGGACAACAUCCGGCGCCACCCCGGCACCGGGUUCGUGCACCAGGCCGUGCUCACGCCCACCCCCAGUUUCAUCGUGCUGCGAUGGACAUCAAAUCUUCGUGCAAAAUGCGCAGCCCCCGUAGUCAAAGAAGUGCUCCCCGUGCUCGCGGAGCUGGCCCCCGGGCCGCCGCCGCCGGGCCGCGCGGGCCACGCCCCCCUCAACGUCGUCAUCGCGGACUUCGUCGACAUGGCCGACGCCGUCUUCCCCAGAACCAUCAUCAACCUCAACAAUAAGCUCUUGCAGAAUAGGGACGUAGUAUACCAUAGCUAUGGGUGAGAUCUCAAAUAAUGUACCUGGUUUUAGUUUUAAGGAUUACUUUAUAUUUUUAUAUGACAGUUAUCUGUGAUAUUUCAUAAAACAAUAAUAUAUAAGCAUAAUUAUUACCUAUAGGGAUUUGUAAUGAUAUCAGAAUAUACAUAUACUUAUUCCUUUUGCAGAAAUAACCUCCUCCUGAGGAAGGAUUCCUAAAGAAUCCGAAACAUGUCGCCAUAAGCGACUAAAU